ACGUUCUUUACCAACUGAGCUACAAGGGAAACCUAUAGUUUGAGGGAUCCAAUGAUGAUGCAUGGGCAGGGCCACAGCAAGGUCACCCACACCCCAUUCCUUAGAGUGAAAUCUGGGGAUGCCCCAGGCUUUCCUACACCUCCCAUGGCUCAGGCACCCUGUCGCUAACCUGGCAGGUUCUGCUUAGCUCUGCAGCCCGACACUUUAAGAGGACAUUGUUUACUUCUAUGUGGUCAUUGCUCAGACUAAUGACUGGAUUUGGGAGAGAGAUACUUAACACCUUCCUGUUUACCUCUCUAAGGAAGGCCUGCCAUAUAUAUGUGAAGAAAAAGGGCCUCUUGGGGAAUGGAGAUUCCUCUGAAUCUUUUUGUAGAAUUUUCCUUCCCCUGCCUCCAGAAAGCAAUGACAAGCCUCUGUCCUAUAGGAAUGGAAUCCAUCCCCUUACAUCUAGGAAAAGGGAUGGAUUCUGAGGCCAGAGUGUACCUAUAACAUUUUUGGAUGCGUGCUGAGAUAUCACAUAUUUCAGUCCUCUGGCUGAAUCUAUUGAUAGUCCAGUGCUGCAGUGCCAGCUCCCUUCUCAUUACCAACCCCUCUACACGUGCUCCUUAGGCAGAAGCUGUUACUAUGGAAAUACAUUAUUUUUAAAAACAGAAGCAGCCCCAGGCUUGGGAAGUAUCUCCAGAACAAACCCACACGAGCAAGGAGGUUAAUAGGGUGUCUCUUAGUCCUGGCUCCAAAGGAUGGGAGUAGAUGAUGGGGGUCAAUAUUCCAUGUUCUCAACCUCUCUCGGGUGGGUAUCAGCUGGACCUCUGCCAGGCACUUCUGUCUAGGAGGGAUGCCCUGCAUCUACACACCCAGAGCCUAGCUUCGGCCAGGAACCAGGAAGCUGCGGAACCUGGGUGUGUUGGGAUAAGGGGUUGAUGCUAUCCACAGGGAGUACCUCCUUUUUAACCCCACAGGCGUCCAAACUAUGGAAAGCUAAGGAGCGUAGGGGAAAGCAGAGGCGGCCAUCUCUCCCUCCGGGAGCCGGUGCCGGCCCGUGAGCCACAGCGUCUCUGCAGACGAGUCUCCGCCCGGGUCCGGCGGGGCCCCCGCCGUGGGAGGAGUCGGGCGCUGGCCGGCGACUAACCCGGGUCGCACUGGCGGAUCAACCGAGGAGGGCCCCGGACUACGGAGAGAGGGACCCCGGCGUCGCGACCCCCCAGGAACCUCCUCUCCUCGAUCUGUGGCACCCCUAGUCCCGGGCACCCAGCCCCGGAGAGCCCCCAAUCCCGCGCGCCCAGCCCCGGGGGAGCCCGCCCCCGCCCCGCGGCCCGCCCGGGCCAUGCUCCCCCGGGGCAGCGGCUGAGCCUGAGCUGGAACCGGGACCGGAGCCCGCGCGGAGCAUGGAUCCGGGUUGGGGACAGCGGGACGUGGGCUGGGCAGCCCUGCUGAUCCUCUUCGCCGCCUCACUGCUCACCGUGUUGGGCUGGCUGCUGCAGUAUGCCCGGGGCUUGUGGCUGGCGCGGGCCCGCGGGGGCCGGGGCCAGGGACCCGCCUUCGCUGCCGAGCCCGCCGUCUCCCUGCGGGAGCUGGGCGUGUGGCGCUCGCUGCUGAGGCUAAGGGCGACUCGGGCCGGCGCACCCGAGGAGCCAGGCGUCCGGGGCCUUCUGGCAUCUCUCUUCGCCUUCAAGUCUUUCCGGGAGAACUGGCAGCGGGCUUGGGUGCGAGCGCUGAACGAGCAGGCCUGCAGGGAUGGGAGCUCCAUCCAAAUCGCCUUUGAGGAGGUGCCCCAACUCCCACCCAAAGCCAGCAUCAGUCAUGUGACCUGCAUAGACCAAUCAGAGCGCACCAUGGUGCUGCACUGCCAGCUCUCUGCUGAGGAGGUGAUGUUCCCAGUCUCUGUGACCCAGCAGUCCCCCGCUGCCGUCUCCAUGGAGACCUACCACGUCACUCUGACACUGCCACCAACACAGUUGGAAGUCAACCUGGAGGAAAUCCUUGGCGAAGGCCUGCUUGUAUCCUGGGCCUUCACUGAUCGCCCAGAUCUCAGCCUGACGGUGCUUCCCAAGCUGCAGGCCAGGGAGAGAGGUGAGGAGCAAGUAGAGCUCUCUACUAUUGAGGAGCUGAUUGAGGAUGCCAUAGUCAGCACCCAGCCAGCUAUGAUGGUCAACCUCAGGGCUUGCUCUGCCCCUGGGGGCCUGGUUCCCAGUGAGAAGCCACCCAAGGCACCCCAGGCCCAGCCAUCCAUCCCCAGACCUAUCCGGUUAUUCCUAAGGCAGCUUCGAGCAUCUCAUCUGGGAGGUGAGCUGGAAGGCACUGGGGAAGUGUGCUGUGUAGCUGAGCUUGACAACCCCAUGCAACAGAAGUGGACCAAGCCCACGAGGGCUGGGCCUGAGGUGGAGUGGAGCGAGGACUUGAUAUUGGAUCUGGGCCCCCAGAGCCAGGAGCUGAUCCUCAAAGUGCUGAGGAGUAGCAGCUGUGGAGACACUGAACUCUUGGGCCAGGCCACACUGUCUGUGGCCUCCCCUUCCAGACCACUGUCCCGAAGACAGGUGUGCCCACUCACCCCUGGGCCCGGGAAAGCCCUGGGGCAGGCAGCCACCAUGGCAAUAGAGCUUCAGUAUGAGGAGGGUUCCCCCCGGAACCUGGGCACUUCCACCCCCUCGACUCCACGCCGCAGCAUCACACCUACCAAGAAGAUUGAGCUGGACCGGACCAUCAUGCCAGAUGGCACCAUCGUCACCACAGUCACCACUGUCCAGUCCCGGCCCCGGGUAGAUGGCAAAUUAGACUCCCCCUCCCGCUCCCCGUCCAAGGUGGAGGUGACUGAGAAGACGACGACAGUGCUGAGUGAGAGUGGUGGCCCCAGCAGCACGUCCCACAGCAGCAGCCCAGGGGAGAGCCACCUUUCCAACGGCCUGGACCCUGUAGCAGAGACAGCCAUUCGCCAGCUGACUGAACCCAGUGGGCGGGCAGCCAAGAAGACACCCACCAAGCGUAGCACACUUAUCAUCUCGGGUGUUUCCAAGGUGCCCAUCGCUCAGGAUGAGUUGGCACUGUCCCUGGGCUAUGCGGCAUCCUUGGACGCCUCAAUACAGGAUGAUGCAGGGCCCAGCGGAGGUCCCUCCUCACCUCCCUCAGACCCCCCAGCCAUGUCCCCAGGACCCGUAGAUGCCCUCUCCAGUCCCACGAGUGUCCAGGAAGCAGAUGAGACAACACGUUCGGACAUUUCUGAGAGGCCCUCCGUGGAUGAUGUUGAGUCGGAAACAGGGUCUACUGGUGCCCUGGAAACCCGCAGUCUCAAGGAUCACAAAGUGAGCUUCCUGCGCAGCGGCACGAAGCUCAUCUUCCGCCGGAGGCCACGUCAGAAGGAAGCUGGUCUGAGCCAAUCACACGAUGACCUCUCCAACACGGCGACCACACCCAGCGUCCGAAAGAAGGCUGGCAGCUUUUCUCGGCGUCUUAUCAAGCGCUUUUCCUUCAAAUCUAAACCCAAGGCCAAUGGCAACCCCAGCCCUCAGCUCUGAGGGCCCUGUUCACCCUCUGAGCUAGGAGAGAGCCGGAGUCCUCUCAGCCCUCUCCCCACAUUCCCUUCCAUUCCCCUCCCUGGAUUCCCAACAGCCUGGGCCAGGGAAGCCCCCCGAGUUCCAGGAAGGCCUGUCCACCCUGGGCUGUGGGGCCAGCUGGAAGGGUACUUGCAACGGGAAGCGUGUGAGAAGUGGACACCCGUUGCCAAGGACGUAGAAGAGGGAAUGGGUGGCUGGGAGCAAGAGGAGGCUCUGUCCUGACACUUGUGGGCAUUCCUCAGACCCGUUUGCCUGCUGUUGACACCCACCCCCUCAGAGGAGUCCCAGGGUGCUCAGCAACUCAGAUGAUCCUUUCUCCCUUAUUUAUUCUCUUUUCUAUUUAUAUGUGUGGUCCCAGCCCCUCAGUGAACAGUGGAUAGAGGGCAUCUCUCCCAGGUGACCCUUCUCUCCUGUCCCAGGAGGGUUGGCAAUUCUCUUUGGGAUGGGGCUCCCACACCUCCCUCAGGUCCCCACCCCAACCAGCACCAGUGUCUGCCUCUGAGGACAUUGGCAGCUCAUAGAAUGCCGGGCCGGUGCCCGGGAUGGGGGGCAGGUACUCCCCACUCCCUGCCUCCCCUUCUGCUCCUCAUCCCUCCCUCCCCAUUUAUUACCGUUUUUGUACUUGAUGCCUUCUCUGUGAGCAGUGGCUCUGUUGGAAGGAGGGAGCCAGGAGCCUGCUGGGACGCCUUCCCCAGAGAGACGGCUUUAGGAGUUUUAUUUACAGACUGUGUGAUGAUGGAGCAAGAGCAGGGUUGCCCCUCUGUAUAGUGGGAGAUGAUGAUGUCCAUUGCUGUGUGAUGGCUUGGAAUUUAAUUUAUUAAAGUCAAACUGGAGUUUA